CAAAUUUCCAAAAUAACACAAGGUCGCAUAAUGCGCUUGCGCACACAUCCUUUCCGCUUCAUCGAUUUCGAUCAAUUGAGACGCAAGAAAAAUCAGCUCCAAGUUUUCGACCAAAUUAGAGGAUUACUGUAGCAAAGAUGCUUCGCGCAAAAAGGGCAUCCAAAUCGCCUUAUGCCAGGCCGGGCCGUGCACAAGCUGCCGCCAAGAAGGCCAAACCCUCCACUGGCUCCAAACCUACAAGUACUGUGACUCAACCGGUCCAGGUCACUUCUGCUGCAAGCACCGUGACUCAAGCAAUCCAGGUGACUCCUGCGGCCAUCCCUCCAGCCUUAUCAAACCAGCCUACAACGUCAUCAGUUAUAGACAUUCCUGGCCCCUCAGAAAUGGAGGCAUCACCAACAGCGUUUUCUGCAGGAACUACAGUGUCCCUAAGAGCAAUGAAAACAGUGUCUGUAAAUGUGAUGAGAUCAAGUGUGUCCAUGACGCUGUCUUUGUGGUUGGUCUGUGGCCAGUAAUUGGGCUUAUUUUAAUUGACAUUUUUAUGGAAUACAUUGAGUGAUUGAAAACAUUGAUGAACUGAUUGAUUGUCAUAUUGACUGAUUGAAAAACUCAUUGAUUGAAAAUGUUCAUUGAUAUGUUGUUUCUUGUGUUGUUUGAUUGAAGUAUUGAUUUUUCGAAAUAUUGACUGAUUGAUAAUUUUAUGGAGUGUUGAUUUUACAUCAUAACUAACCAAACUCGAUGUAGAUCACACAUAUAACAUAAUGCAACAAUAUAGUGAUUUGAUAUAGUGUUUGUCAAAUUUUAUUCCAACAUGCAUUAUUAAAUAAAGCCAUGACAAAG